UGUCAGAAACAUGGCCACUGCACUGUCCGAGGAGCAGUUUCGGUGCAGCAUCUGUCUGGACAUCUUCAAAGACCCUGUCUCCAUCUCAUGCGGCCACAACUUCUGCCUGAGAUGCAUUAAACGCUUCUGGGAUACGCGACACAAGUACGAGUGUCCACUCUGCAAGGAGUCCUUCAAAGCCCGCCCAGAACUCAGGAUCAAUGUCGUCUUAAGGGAUAUUACUGAAGGUUUCAAAAAGUCUUUGAGGGGCAAGCCAAACUUCAAGAUUCAGCCAAGAAGAAGACCUAUUCUGAGACGAGACUCCACCUGGGAUGACGUUCCCUGUGACCUCUGCCAGGAUAAGACCAUAGUAGCAGUCAAGUCAUGCCUUGUCUGCCAGAAGUCUUAUUGUGAAGUUCACCUGACCCCUCACCUGAGGGAUCAAGUGAUGACCAAGCACCCGCUGACUGAUCCGGCCACCUUCAUCACCAGUAGCCUCUGCAAAAAUCACAACCAGCUCCUGGAGAUGUUUUGCGAGAGAGAGCAGACACCUGUUUGCUCCAAAUGCACAGAGAUGGAUCACAAAAACCACAAGAUUGUUUCCUUAGAGAAGGAGACCAGAAGGAUCAAGUCUCAGAUGAGGAGGCUCAAUGCAGAGUCUGAACAGCUGAUCCAUGCCCGACUCAUAAAGUUUGACGAGAUCAAGUCUUCAGUGAACCUGGGCAAGGUAAACAGAGACAGAGAGAUACAGAAAAGUGUCAAGGUCGCCACGAUGGUGAUAGGCACCAUCGAGUCAAACCAGGCUGCGCUCAUCAAGGACAUCGGGGAGAAGCAGGAAGCAGUGGAGAGGAAGGCGGAGGUGAUGCUCAAAGAGCUGGAGAAGGAGAUCAAUGAUCUGCAGAUUAGACGCACCGAGCUGCAGCAGCUGGAACACAACGAGGAACCCCUUCACCUCAUACAGUGUUACUCGUCUCUGGGGAAUCCCGGGACUAGGGACUGGUCCAAAGUUAAAAUCCCCUCUGAGGACUUCAUGGGGAUAGUAAGGACUGCUUUCUCCGGACUGGUGACUGUCUGCAAAGAUCUCGAGAAACAAAUGGCAGCAGAAGAAGCCAACCAGCUACACCUGUAUGCAGUGGAUGUGACUCUGGAUCCGGACACAGCUUCAGGCUGGGUGAUGCUGGCUGCAGAUAGGAAACAGGUGAGCCUCAGCUGCCAGAGAGUCUCGGUCCCUGACAACCCUCUCAGGUUCGACUCCUGCGUCUCAGUUCUUGGGACACAAAGCUUCAAAUCAGGGAGAAGCUACUGGGUUGUCCAGGUCAAAGAUAAAACAGACUGGGAUCUCGGCGUGGCGAAGAAGUCCAUCAACAGGAAAGGGGCCAUCACAGUGCGCCCUGACAGCGGUUACUGGGCGAUCUGUCGCAGGAAGGGCGGCAGUCUCAGCGCCUGCGCCGGCCCUUCCGUCACCCUCCACCUCGAGGAAACCCCUCAGAAAGUGGGCGUGUUCCUGGACUAUGAAGCUGGGUUGGUGUCCUUCUACGACGCAGAAGCAAAGACUCACAUUUACACCUACAGUGGAUGUGCCUUCGGUGAGCCCCUCUAUCCGUAUCUGAACCCCUGUCUGCAUGAUAACGGGAAGAACGUCGCCCCGCUGAUCAUCUGUCCGGUCGAGAGCGGCGUCCCUGCAAUGUUGUAAAGACGAGACUCGGGUGAAGUCUACAAACAUUUACUGAGCUCUUAUGAGAAAGUUCAAACUGGAUGCACACCAAAUUUUGGAUAUUAAAAUCUACACUGCAGAUUAUCGAUGCACCCUCAAGUUUCUUCAGACACUGAAGCCCUUCCUCAUGCUCAAUUCACACCUCCACUCUGCGCUCUGUAUGGAAGUUAUGGAGGGUUUCCUGGAAAAGCCUCCUACAUUAUUACAGAGAUCCCAACUUCAGAAAACACUCAAGAUUUGGAAAAACAUGAAAGAAAGACAAAUGAUUUACAAAUGUGGCAUGAAGAAAUGUUAAAAAGAGGACGACAAGGAUGCCAAGAAAAGUGAAGGCCAAACACAAGAGUUCUCUUUAUGAAUAAUACUUAAAAAAGUGGGGUAUAAUAAUCAAUGCAUUCAUAUAUUUACCACUGUAAUGUUACCUUAUUCUCUAAAAGCCCUCUAGGUGUGAGCUUAUGCUGCAUUUAUGCGCUCGUCGGAUGCUCCCCGUUUCUGAGAUGAGAAAUCAUUGGUCCAUGUUUGGUGUUUUAACGUUUUCAAAUUAGAGUUUAAUGGAAGGUAUUAAAAUGAGUUGAUAGCCUUUAAAGAAGCAAAAGAACACAAUAUCAUUAUUUCAGUCAAACAUUAGUUUAAAGCUUGUGAGGAAAUUUUGAUUAUAUGGAAUUUGGUGCCCCCUUGUGGAGAAAGUGAUACCUCUUAUUUCUUGUC